AUGGGCAACCCAAACGAGACCAACAGCAUGGAGAUGCAAGAGCCCGGCAAGGACUCAAUCUCUUCCCUUGAUCGCACAUCGGAAGAACCCAAAUCCGAAAGGGCCGGAGAGAAACAUGUCGCAAAGGCCUAUCCUUCAUCUAGUGACGGUCCUUCGCUGAGGCGACUUUUCAGCUUCGCCCAGCUGCUUGCGUUCUCCUUGACGUUUAUGGAAUCAUGGGAGGUCAUGGCAAUCAACAUUUCCGCGACCUUCUGGAACGGUGGCCCACGAUCUCUGAUAUGGGGAUGUAUCGCCGUGGUCGCCGGCUCCCUGUGUCAAGCAUACUCAAUGGCUGAACUCGGCUCCAUUCUGCCCAUUGCCGGUGCUCAGUACCACUGGACUCACAUCAUGGCCCCGGAUAGCACGAGGAGAUUCAUCACUUGGAUGCAAGGCUGGGUCACUUGGUUUGCUUGGGUGUCCGCUCUUGCUGGAAGUACUUCUGGUGAAGCUGCCCUUCUGCAAGCCUUGAUCGCCGAGAACAUGCCCGGAUACACACCAGAAAGAUGGCACCUCACUCUGAUCAUGUGGGCACUCCUGAUCAGCGUCGGAUUGAUGAACAUGUACACCUUCUGGGCCAUCCCGUGGCUCGAAUUGACCGCAGGUAUCCUGCACGUCGUGCUCUUCAUCGUGUUCAUGGUCGUCCUCGUCACGCUCGCCCCAAGGCACGACUCGCACUUUGUUUGGUUCUCGGACUCGACGCAGUCCGGGUGGGACAGUAGUUACGUGGCAUUCAAUCUAGGAAUGCUCGCUCCCGCCUGGGGAUUCAUUGGUUUCGACGGUGUCGUCCACAUGUCUGAAGAAGUGCGAAAGGCAAAGCACGCCGUCCCGCGCUCAAUGAUCUUGACCAUAGUCAUCAACGGCGUCAUGGCCUUCGCAAUCAUUUUGGUUCUGCUGUACUGCCUGGGCGACCCGAACACGACCCUCGACGCAUCCUACCCGAUUGUCAACAUCUGCUACAACGCCACCGGGUCAUGGGCUGCCACCAACGCGCUGGUCUCGAUGCUGAUCAUCAUCACCUAUUGUGUGGUUGCGGCCAGUGUCGCUUCCGUCUCGCGUAUCACCUGGGCGUGGGCUCGUGAUGGGGCUCUUCCCAAAUGGCUUGCGAUUAUCGACGCCAAACACCACGUCCCAACGAACGCACUGUGGCUCCCAAUCGUCAUUGUCAUGCUUCUUUCCCUGUUGAACAUCGGCUCGACCGCGGCGACUGCUUUCAGCGCCUUCACGGCCCUGUCGUCUCUUGGUCUGUACACGUCGUACAUCAUCGCCAUCAGCUGCAUCUUGCACGCCCGCCUGACCGGUCGUCUGAGCGACAAGCCCGGCGCGGCGGUCCAAUACGGAGGCUGGCGCAUGUGGAAAGGGUGGGCGGUGCCGAUCAACAUCAUCGCGCUCGCGUGGACAGUCUACCUGACCAUCUGGCUUCCGUUCCCUACCACGCUCCCCGUGACCGGCACAAACAUGAACUACGCCCUGCCCAUCUACACCGCCGUCGUGCUGGCUUCGCUCGGGUACUGGUUCAUCUGGGGUAGCAAGCACUGGCCCGGUUUGAAUACCGGUGCCAUCAGCAUGGUCGAGGCACACGAUUAG